AUGGCGCCGCCCAUGGAGCGCUUCCUUGAGGAUUUCGCAACUGAGCUUGUGACCGUCAAGGUUGGACCAGAGGGUACUUCGAAGGAAUACAAGGUGCCGAGAGGUAUCUUGCGCGGUGCAUCGCCAUGGUUCGAGGCGGCACUGAAAGAAGACUUUGGAAUAUUCCUUUACUUCCUCUUUUAUGGCAGCAUCGCCUACGAGGAAGCGAACGAGGGCAUAAACAUUGAAAUCAGAUUACAGAGCUUCGUCCAAUGCAGCAGCGUCUGGACUUUUGCCGACAAGUAUCUGUUGCCUGACCUGAAGAACUGCGCCAUGCUACGAGCUUGUCUGAUGCUCUACGACGCCAGAUGCGCCUUCGACGAAUCGGCGCCCGAUAAAUUGUCUGCUGUGGCGCUGGCAUCAGCCUGGCAAGCACUGCCUGAAGAGUCCACCCUUCGAAACAUGAUCGCAGACUACGUUGUCGAUACUCUGGAAAACAAGGAGCCGCUGGACAUUGAAUACUGCGCUGCCAAUUGCCAUGGCCUUGUCAGAGCAAUGCAUGCCUCGGAAGCUCAGUUCCACAAGUCUGCCAAAGGAGACUUCCCACGAUACCGCAAGCCUGUCAAGUCAUCUCUGUUAGAGAAGAUCGAUGCGGACGAUGGUCUCUGGUGUUAUCACCCACGUUGGGAGGUCUUGGAAACAGCAUGCGCGGAGUGCGGCUACGAGAUGGAGAGCCGCUACCUAGAGCACCGAUGCAUGGAAUGUAAGAAGACAAAUUGCAAAGACCAUGACACGACGACGCCUCUCGCUCUGUGCUAUUGGUGUAGCGACGACUACUUAUAA